AUGGAAGCUUCCCAAUCAAUACCGCACCCAACACCGGGCAAAGACCCUCCUCCGGCAUCAUCGAUCCCAAACGAGCACACCAGUGCGGAACAAACAGAUCGAACUGCAAAGGACGCACACGUAGAUGGUGGCCCAGAUGAGGGAGAAAGCAACGCGGAAAAUGGGGAUAAAGAUAGAACAGCGAUGCCGCCACCUCCCCGACGUACCUCGAAUCCAAAGGCAAGGCUGCAUAUAAUCCCACCUCCAUCGCACACCUCAAGUUCAAACCGUCCUCUCUCUGCAGAUCCAGAGCCUCAUCAUGGAGCGCAUAGUGAGGGGCUAGGCUUGGGAUCUAGUACAUUACGCGGCGCGCUAGGUGGGGGAAAGACGACGGACAGACCCGAGGAUUUCCAGCCUUUCUUCGUGCUAGUUGAUGAUUCGAGGACGGGCGAUACGGUGCAUCCGAAUGAAGUGCAUUAUUUGUUUGCCGAUGAUGAGGAUGGGGAGGGGUAUACGGGGAAGGUUGUUAGGUCGUUACGAGGGGGUGAUGAUGGGGAGGGAGCGCGAGAGGAAAGGGUUGUGGUUAUUGAUGUUAAUGAUGCUGGGGAUGGAGUUACUUGCGUGAAUUGCUUUUCGAGCGAUUGGCAGGUGUUGAAUGCUAGUGUGGAGGUUGCGCCGACUUUUGAUGGUGGGGAGGGAGGGAAGCAGGCUGGGGGGUUGAUGUUGAGGGUUGAAGGUGUGGAUGCAGAUACGUUUUCGGGUGAGGGUUUGGUUGCGGGUGGUAGUGGGGAAGUUGGUGAUGAAGAGAUGAAAGCGCUGCUUGAGGGGUUUGAUCAGAAGAUGUCGAUUAUUAGGAAACUGAGUAAGCUUGAGAUUGCGGGGAAGGAGGACGAGGUUGUUGAGACGGUAGAUGAGGGUGCUGCUGGGAAGUUGUGA